UGGUUAUUAUCACACACUUUGGUGUUUAUAAUCUAUAAAAUGUUUUUAUACUUAUAAAAUUCAAUAAUAGUGAAGAACAAAUUUUUCCAUUUCUAGUCACUAUUUAUUAUCAAUAAAUUAUUUAUAUUUUCCCUUAUUAACUAUUUUUUUUUUAAAAUGGCAGAAAAUAAAGAAUCCAAAGAAACAAAAUUCAAAGAACUAGUGUCCUACAGUGAACCGGCUCUUCGUAAUAAUUCUUCGGUUGUAGAAUACUGCCGCACUUCUAUGUCUGCAUUAUCUGGAUGUACCGCUGGAAUUCUUGGAUUAACAGGGCUAUCUGGAUUUAUAUUUUAUAUAUUUUCAGUCUUAGCUCUAUGGGGUUUAUUAUUGUUUAAAGCAGGAAACUUCUGGCAAAAAUAUUUCCUAAACAGGCAUAGCCUAUUGACUGGAGGUUUCUUUAGUGGACUUUUUACAUAUGUAUUAUUUUGGACUUUUUUAUAUGGAAUGGUACAUGUCUAUUAAUUAUUUUAGUGUAUACUUACGUUUUUUGUCUUAAAUCUGAAGUAUAUGGUUUAUCUAAGGUUUUGUGAAAAUUAAUAAUAAAAACAAAUUAUUGCUUUA